AGGGGUUAUGCAUUAUCUGUAUACCUAUUUUGAAAGAAAACACGUGUCUUAUGAUACUCUACUACCUCGUCUUUUUCCCUUUGUGUUGGACAAUAUAGACUACCAUCAGAUUUCCCCUCCCGCAAUAACAGGUACUUUAUAUUCUCGACGGUAAAUAUGGCAUAUGUGGCGUAGUUGUCCCAUUUAUCCCUACGAAGUGGAGUGAACCUGCAGGACCAACGGCUCCCUUACUUCGUGUCACGGCUCCUACGUGCUCCGAGCAUCUUUCCGAGAUGUACUCGCAACUAACAGCAUGUCAAAACACUAGAUCUCUUAAAAAUUUCAUAUCACCAAGUACAUGCAAACGCUGGCCAAGACAGAUAUCAAUAAGAUCACACAAACAUCAACUCACAUCUAGAUAAACCAGGGACACCACUUCAACCCCUCGCCAUCAUGGGCGCGCAAUGGUCCCAAGUCUUCCCCCCCAAACCAACCUUCACAGAAACCAGCCUCGGCUCGCAAGAAGGCAAAGUCUUCCUUAUCACCGGCGGGUACUCAGGCAUCGGCCUCGAGCUCGCCAAGAUCCUGUACAGCAAGCACGCACGCGUCUACAUCGCAGGGCGAUCCGAGCAGAAAGCCGUCCAGGCCAUCGCGGACAUCCGCGCAGAACACCCUCUCUCCAACGGCAGUCUCGAGUUUUUGUUUUUGGAACUCGACGACCUGCGCGGCAUCAGAGCGGCCGCGGACGCGUUCAAGGCGCUCGAGACGCGGCUCGACGUGCUAUGGAACAACGCGGGCGUCUCGCGGCCGCCGCUCGGCAGCGUCUCGAAGCAAGGGAUCGAGCUACAGCUCGCGACGAACUGUCUCGGGCCCUUCCUGUUCACGCAGCUUCUCACGCCGCUCCUCGAGACCACGGCAGCCGCCAACAGUAAAACCGCCCCCGGCAGCGUGCGCGUGGUCUGGACGUGCAGCAACAUCGUCGAGCUAUCCGCGCCGCCGGGCAUGCUGAUAAUGUCUGAACUAGACGACCCGCCGCAAGACCAGUCGCGCGUGUACACGAACAGCAAGGCGGGGAACUGGCUGCUGUCGGCGGAGCUCGCGCGCCGGUCCGGGCCCGCGGGCGUCGUCAGCGUCGCGCUGAACCCGGGAACCGCGUACACGAACCUGUUCCGGCACACGCCCGCCGUCUGGUUCUGGGCGUACUUGCUCAUGUGCUGGCCCCGGACCGCCGCAUACACGGAGCUGUACGCGGGCCUAUCCCCGGACAUAGGGUUGCGGAAUAACGGAUGCUAUGUCGUUCCGUUUGGGAGGCUGGCUCGGGAGCAGGAUCAGAGGGAGGAUUUGUUGAGGGCGCUUAGGGCGGAGGAGGAGGGGGGUUCGGGAAGGGCGAGGGAGUUUUGGGAGUACUGCGUGGCGAAGACUAGGGAUUAUUAUAACUGA